AUGAGUACGACGAACGAACGAUGUACGAAAUGUCAUGGUGAUCAUGAGACAGGUAGCAUUUACUGUCCCAAAUUUAACGAAAAGAGAAUAGCAGAUUCUACCAAAGUAUCAUCGGCUAAAUCAUCGGAUAACAGUUACACCGUGCAAAUAGUUUCCAUAGGUAUUCGGCCUGACAAUUUCUACGAGGCCAAAAUGUUACUAGCACCGGAAAUCGAUAUGUCGUCUACGAAAAUAACUGUUAAGGGCAAUAAUCUUCGUGUAAGCGUUCAACGACAUCUAAGUAAAGAGUUUUCGGAUAUGAUACAAAAAUUGCCAUGUAACGAUUUGACGAAACAAAUCCUUAAACAUCGAGAAAAUUUACUUAUACCGGAGUCCAUUGACAGCGAUGAAGUUCGUGCUGUAGUUGACAAUAAACAUAGAAUGCUAAUCCUAACUGCACCUACUAUUAAACCGAGUAAACGAUUAAAAAUGUGAUCAAUUGUAACAAAUCGUCGUCAAUGAUACGUGAUAUCUACAAAUUUGUUCUCUAGUUUCUUUUUUUAUUAUGAACUUCAUAAACAGCUAAUCUCGAAACAAAAGAAUUUAUCUAAUCGAUAAUCUAUUUCUAACAUUACCUACAAAUGCCAGAUCAAGUUCUAUAACUUAAUGCCUUCAAUUCUUGUAAUAAUUCUUCCUUAUUGAUUAUGGAAAAUUUGCCACAGCAUUGUUUGGACAACGCCAUAUUGUUAAGACCAUACGAUUAUAUAGAUCUCAAAAUGAUAUCGAGCGGAUUCAAAACACGAUUGAAAUUGAGUCAAAUCCCGGAUUUUUAUACGAUAAAUAACAAAGAAUAUUUUGCUGUAAGUAAUUUCACUUGGUUUCGAUGCUUUAUAAAUUAUCUUGAGUAUGCGAUAUCUUUUGUAUUCUUGUCACGUGUUAUCUGUAUAUUAAAAAAAAAAAAUAAUAAAUAAAUAAAUAAAUAAAUAAAAAUAAA